AUGGGAAAAUCUACACUGUCUAAGGAAAUUGAAUACGCCCAAGAUGCAGAGAAUCCUUUUGUCCAUGCAGAGAACAUUGUCAUUGCAAAAGACGAGCAAGGUGAGCAGGAUGCUAAUGUUAAUAUGACUUGGGUUCAUCAGGAGGUUAAUGGCAUCCAGAACAGUAGAGCUUGUUCACUCCCUACAAAUGAAGGUUUAAUAGUGCAUGAUGAGAUCUGCCCAGGUUAG